CCCCCGAGAUGACCGGAUUAUUGUCAAAUUUCGGAUUGACACUCCAGGUGAAGUGAGUGCGCGUGACCCGGGGGUGCGCUCUAAACCUGAGAGGCUCGGCCCCGCGCCGACACUCCCGCACUCAGCGCUGUGAGGCUCCGACUGUGUCACAAGUUCACUCUCUCUUUCUAAUUCUGUUACGACGAGUGGUUUAUUGGAAUCUCUUUUGACGUCACGUCUUUUCUCGGCGGAGAGUGAAGGUUGGGAGCAGAAACUCUGAAGACCUACAACCCGUACGGGACUUUAUUUAUGUUUAUGUUUGGGGGAUUCUAUUUUUAACGCCACGCAAAGAAGUCGGCAAAGAAGUUCAUCGAGAGCCAGGGAUUGUGUCUGUUACUCUGCUGAGCAAAACUUGGACGAGAGUAAACAAAGCGAGGAGAGGAUCUCGCUCGCUCCGGAUUUCUGAACUGAAAUAAUUAAAUAAACGGAUCAAUGGAUUCCAACUGCCGUAAGGUUGUACAGUCUUGUGUGCAGCUAGGAGUACAAGUACAGACCCUGGAAAACAUGUUCUCAAAAGACUCAGAUAUAAAAAAAAACGAAUUAUCCCCAAACGACUCAACAAUCAUUAAAAAAGACAAACACUUCGGAAGGCAGCAAGUCCAAAACGAAAAAGAAAAAAACUCGAGUAAAAACGACGACUCCUCGGUGGAUGAUCCGUCCAAAAAGAAGAGGCAGCGACGGCAGCGGACCCACUUUACCAGCCAACAGCUGCAAGAACUGGAAGCCACGUUUCAGAGAAAUCGAUACCCCGAUAUGUCCACCCGAGAAGAAAUCGCCGUUUGGACAAACCUCACGGAAGCGCGAGUCAGGGUCUGGUUUAAGAAUCGCCGAGCCAAGUGGAGAAAGCGAGAGCGGAAUCAGCAGGCAGAGUUGUGCAAAAAUGGCUUUGGCCCGCAGUUCAACGGCCUGAUGCAGCCUUACGAGGACAUGUACCCCAGCUACACCUACAACAACUGGGCUGCCAAGGGACUCACAUCGGCCUCCCUCUCCACCAAGAGCUUCCCUUUCUUCAACUCCAUGAAUGUGAACCCCCUGUCGUCUCAGACCAUGUUCUCCCCGCCGAACUCCAUCUCGUCCAUGAGCAUGUCCUCCACCAUGGUGCCGUCGGCGGUCACGGGCGUGCCAGGCUCCAGCCUCAACAGCCUUAAUAACUUGAAUAACCUCAGCAACAGCUCCCUGAAUUCGGGCGUGCCAACGCCAGCCUGUCCCUAUGCCCCUCCAACCCCUCCGUAUGUGUACAGAGACACGUGCAACUCCAGUCUGGCCAGCCUAAGACUGAAGGCCAAGCAGCACUCGAGUUUCGGAUAUGCCAGCGUGCAGACCCCCGCCACCAACCUGAGCGCCUGCCAGUAUGCGGUGGACAGGCCAGUUUGAGCGGACCAAGGUGGGGGGGUUUAUGGGUGAGUGAGACACCCCGGGACUCAGUGGGCACUACGGACUCAAUGGCUGCAUACAGGACAAGACAGAGAGAGAGAGAGGACAUGUUGGGGGAGGAUGCGCAGACCCCUUCUUCUUCUUUUUUUUAUUCGAGGGAACUUCAUAAUCGUCCAUGUGCUUCAUUAUGCUUGUUCCCCUAAAGAAUACAUGUGGAUUUCAACUGGAUACUUUACUUUAUUCUUGCAUAUAAGCUUGUUACAGAAUAAUAAUAGAAAAAAAUAGCAUUAUGAACACUAAAUGACUAAAAGGAUGUACAUAUCAAAAUGUCAAAAUUAAUUUUAUAAAACAAAUGCUGGUACUAUAUCAACAGUGUUUUAAAAGUUUAGUUUAAAAAAUAAAGAAAUGAGCAUGUGGAAACGUAAAGGACAUUUUGUUUUGCUUGCAACAAGAGAAUGUAUAUACUAAAUGCACCAGUUGUAUGUUUCUAACAUUAUUAUGAUUAUUAUAAUAAUUAUUACAUGUCUGUGUGAAUAGCGGUUUUAGAUUAUAGCGCUUUUGGUAGUAAGACGCAGCAAUGUCCCAAAAAAAACAAAAAAACAAAAAAAAACAAACAAAAACAAAAACAAAAGAAAAAAAAAAACCCAAGACUUUACGUUUUUCGCUGUGUAUGAUAUUUGGUAAGGAGUUUUCCUAUUUUUUUCCCCCAGGACAAAAAUAUUGUGUUUUAUUUCAUGGAGUAAAUAUAUUAAAAAUUAAGAAUGGGCAA